AUGGUCAAUUGGAAAGCAGCCGAUGCGACAGACCGUCUCUUCGCAUCCCUCAUCGCCGGCAACUCAGGCCUCAAACUAGACUACCACACAAUAGCGGCCAUCUACGGUCAAGAAGCCACCUACGACGCCAUUGAGGGCCGCUUCCGCCGGUACAGAAAAAUGGCAGACGAGCUGCGCGCAGAGGCACAGGCCCGAGGGGUUAAUAUCGACAAUGGCGUCCUGCGCACGCCCCGUGGGUCGCGAAGCAGAGCUCCCGCUCCAGCGUCUGCCUCUGCUUCAAAAUCCAAACCGACCCCCUCAUCCGCGCCGAAGAAGCAGAAAGUAGGCUACAAGGAAAAUAUUCCCGAGACACCGACAAAGCCCAACAGCAGCUUGGGCAACACCAUGGGCACAAAUGCAGACGUGAUCUGUCUCGACAACUCGUCCGCAUCUCCCGAGAUAGAGAUAAAAAAAAAGGCGGACAGUCUGUUCGUGAAGAUGGAAAACGUCAACCCAGAACACAGUAUAGCCCGCUCUCCUUCUCUGCCUGUUCUGUCGCGGGCUACGCCUUCCCCUGUCAAGCCCAAGAGCCUCAUUGUUGGAAGUGUCACUCCUCUGAAGCGAUCCGUUGAGGGUAUCGAGGACGUAGAGAACAGCCCUACUCCGCAGGGAAAGGCGGAGCGUCGGGAGGUGACGGGUUCAUUCGUGUUUGGGAUGGGGGAUACAUUUGUCAUGUCAGACCCGCUUAUCGAUGAGGAUUACUAUGAGGGAGCGGCUUGA